AACUCAAAAAGAAAGAAACAAACAAAAAAUUUAAACAAAAUGUACAAGUUCAGUUUGGUUUUAUUGUGCGCUGCUUUAUUUGCCGUUGCCUUGGCUCGUCCUGCUCAAGAUCAAGCAGCUGAUGCUGUCACAACCACCACCACACCAGCCACCAUCAUCAAACAGGUCGAUGUGAAUAAUCCUGAUGGCAGUUUCAACAGCAGCUACGAAACCUCUAAUGGCAUCAGAGUCGAAAAUGUUGGCUACAUGAAAACGAUUGUAGUGCCCCGCACCGAAACCGAAGACGGUCAAGUGAUUGAAGAACACGAAGAAUUGAUUUUGGUACAAACCGGCUCUUACAGUUAUAUGGAUCCUGAGGGCAAUGUUAUUACCCUUAAAUAUGUGGCCGAUGAAAACGGUUUCCAACCCGAAGGCGAUCAUUUACCUCAACCCGUCGUCCAAUAGGACACGCAAACGACUCAACCUAUAUAAUUGUACUUAAUUAGUUUAAAGAUUUAAGAAUAUAAGUUUAAGUGUAAAUGUAUCUAUCAGUAAAUAUGAUGAAUAAUAUUUUGUAAAAAUGCUCUUUAAGUCACAUAACAUUAAAAUACAAACAAACAAUACGAAUAAAUGAUAAAGAACUUUUAAGAAGAAAUUUUAAAAA